AUGGAGGGUAUUUACUACUUUGACACCUUCUCUCCUGUAGCCAAAAUUACUACAGUUAGAGUUCUUUUAUCAUUAGCUGCUGUUAAAGGUUGGUACUUAGAACAGUUAGAUGUGAACAAUGCUUUCCUUCAUGGUGAUUUACAUGAAGAGGUAUAUAUGACUCUCCCUCCUGGCUUAUCUGAUUAUGGUAAUUCUUUGUCUGAGAUUCAACAGGUCAAACAUCUCUUGAAUCAAAAGUUUCGAUUCAAAGAACUUGGUCAACUAUGUUUCUUCUUAGGAUUUGAGAUUGCUGGAUCUCCUACUGGUAUUUUUUUUAAUCAAAGAAAAUAUGCUCUUGAACUCUUGGAGGAUGAUGGUCUCUUGGUAGCAAAACCCUCUGCAGUUCCCUUCAACCUAACCCUUAAACUGUCUAUUGAUGAAGGCAAUGUUUUGGAGGAUCCUUCUCUAUAUAGAAGGUUAAUUGGUAGGUUGAUUUACCUCACCAACUCACGACCUGACAUUGCAUUUGCAGUACAACAUCUGAGUCAACAUGUAUCCAAGCCACGUGCUCCUCAUUAUCAGGCUGCAAUUCAAAUUUUCAGGUACCUCAAAUCUAUCCCAGCUAAAGGUAUUUUCUUUUCCUUCAACAACAAAUUACAGCUUUUUGGUUUUGCUGAUUCUGACUGGGCUAGAUGCCCUGAUACCAGGAAAUCAGUCACUGGGUAUUGUGUCAUGUUAGGCUCCUCUUUACUAUGCUGA